AUGCACAUCCCCAGCCUCAUCCCCUUCCUCGUCCUCGGCAGCACAGCUGCCAGCGUCGUCAAGCGCCAAUACGACAAUGACUUCAGCGGCUCCGGUAACAUCCUCGUGCUGAGCGGAAAGAACAUUGCAAAAGCAGACACCUCCGACAUCUCCGGCUGCAUCGCCGACUCCGGCAGUCUCGUCACCGAUCUCACCAAAUGUGGCGUCUUCACGCUCGGCGACCCCCAGGUCAGCGAGACUUUCAGCUCUAGCGCCAGACAGUGCAACUUCGCCGAUCCGACUACGGUCCCGGGCGGCUAUGCGUUAAAGUGCAAUAGCACGAUGCAGAAGGGCGGUUACUGGUAUUCCUUGGAUGGAUAUGAUCCGGGCCCCGGGCUUGCGUUUAUUUGGACUGGUAACCUGAACCCGUAUUAUGAAGCUACGAGUCUGCCCGCUGUGGGGGAGGAGGCGCCGAUAUGGCCAUACUUGGGAGGGCCGGAUCCACCGACUGAUCGGAUGUACUUCAUGUGGCUGUGGAAGAAGUUGAGUGACUAG